GUUGGGUUUCCUGAUGCUGCUCCUCUCGUGUGGAGGAGCUGGUUUCCAUGUCACCUGCUGUCUCCUGUUACGUCUCCGGACACGCACACACACACGACAUAUAGACUGUUGACAGCGGGCAGGGCCAUCACUGUUUGUUGUUGUUGUUGUUGUUGUUGUUGUUGUGGACAUCUUCUGUCAGCUCAGUAUGAAGGACACACCGGUCAGAAGAAGUGAUGCACCUCCAACCAGAACAAUACGAGUCUACCGGAACGGGGACGCCUUCUUCCCCGGAAGGAAAAUAGCGGUGAACCCGCGACAGGUGUCGACCUUUGACGGCUUCCUGACCUCCCUGACCCGCGGGGUGGAGGCUCCGUUCGGCGCCGUCAGGAGGCUCUACACGCCGGUGCUGGGCCACAAAGUUCGGCGUCUGGAGGAGCUGAAGCACGGGAGUGUGUACGUCGCCGCCGGGAACGAGCAGUUUAAAAUGCUGGACUACAGUGAGAUUACAAGCAAGAGGCCAGAGAAUAAGAAAAGAGAACAGAUCCAACCUGUUGUUCACAGCAGAAUAGUAGUUUCUGCUCGCUGGAAGAGAACUACCGAUGAGUCUUGCACAAUUAAUGUCUUUACAAACGGAAACGUCUUGGCGCCUCCAGCUCGAAUACGGAUCCCAAAGUACACUCUCAGAAGUUGGGAGAAUGUUUUAGCCAUGGUGACAGAGAAAGUGAAUCUUCGCACUGGGGCUGUGUACAGGCUUUGCACAUUAGAUGGACAGCCUGUCUGCGCUUCCACUCAACUGGAGAACAACCAGCACUACGUUGCAGUUGGUGCAGAAAGGUUUAAAGCUCUCCCAUAUGACCGGUGCGUCCCCAGGGUUUAUAUCAGGGAAAACAACUCAAUGAAAAGUCAAGACGUCCUCCCUCCUAUUAGAAAGACAAGACCUGCAAAGGAUGUGUUUCCUCACACAGGCUUUAGCGCAGACCUUGAGCACACAGCCAGGGGCCAGAUGAAGAAACACACAGCCAAGCCCGACAGAACCAAACAACAGAGUCGGAUGUCCAGAAAUACAGUUCUCUUCUCAACAGGGGAGGGCAGUGUGUUCAAUGCGCAAAACAAAAGAAGUGAGACGGCAGGAGCGGCAGAGGUGCAGGAGGACCGCCAGUUGAAGGUGGACCUGCCGAUUGAUCAGGUUGAGGCCAAGAUAGUUGAAGAGGAGUAUGAAGAUGGGAGCUGUUCUGCGAGUCCUUGCAAGGCCCCCCUGCAUGAUUCAGAAGGCUUGUGUCUGCAAAGGUCUUUGUCUGCAGGUUCCAGGAAGGACAAGCUAAAGAGAGGGAGGUGUCUUCCAGGCUCAGCAGAAUACGGUCACGGAUGUCCCGCUUUUUCAAGGAUUAGGGCCUGUCUGAGAUGGGAAGCUGCCUCCAGGCCCCCCAAUAAGCUGCAGGCCAGGGGCCACUCCUCAGAGAGAGGGAUGGAUGGAGAGGGAAGGAGCCUGCUAUGGAUAUGUGUGCCAAGGCACAGUGCAUCCAGUGUGACCAGGAGAGGACACGACAAAAAGACAGAUGAUGUUUCAAUGGAGUCUGGAAGCGAUGCCCUGAGAGGACCGCGGAGCCGUGCAUGUGCUGAUGCAAUGCUUCCGGAGGGGCCUGAGAAGACGCAUGAUGACAGCCAUGCUCAGAGGAAGAUGGUAACAAGAUGUGAUGCAUAA